CAAAUAGUGAUAUCGUCGUUGUGUGAUAAUAUUGCUCGUCGAGUGGAUAGGGUGACAAGUGACGAAGAGAUACCGAAAGGUGCAUAUGAAUGUCAACGAUUAAAAGAUUACGUUUUCAUUGAUGCGAGUUCGGUGCUUUACAAGGACGAACCUGAUUGGAUCCUUUAUCAAGACAUUGUUCAAGUGAACGAUAAAAAAUGUAUGCAGAAUAUAAUGACUGUUGAGAGUGAAUGGUUACCCAGACUAGCAGAACCUUUCUGUGAAUUCAGCACUGUAAAGGAUGCUGAGCCAACGUGA